AUGAUCUCACUGACCUCUAAAUAUUUCGCACAAAGAAUAAAUCUUUUAAUCUUUUCCCGCGGAACACAAUUAAAGAUUAUCGAUCCAGUUUUUUUUCGGCGUUAUCAUUCCAACAGAACCGAUGACCUAUCAAGAAAUGACGCCGAUAAAAAUCACGAAGACACGCAUUUUGUAAAGAAUGGGAAACCCGUUUUAAUUCGAGAUCCCUAUAAUCGAAAACGUUUUGAGAAGUAUGCUUUAAGUAAAAAAAAAGAUCCCGUAUAUCGAUCGCUCAGGAAUAAGAGAUUUAUAGAUUCAUACAUAAAAGUGGAUUUUAAUUUGUUGGAAG